AGCUUCUUGUGAACGUCAGCCAACCUGCUGCCUGCAGGUAUUGUGGGCUGUCGCACUCUAACUCGAGCUGCAUUGACUCUUUCGGAGCACUCCCACAGAGCAUUUUGGACAGAGUGGAUCACGAUGAGGACUUUUUCCCUGCUUCUGUUGGUUGCAUUAGCAGCCCUGGCAGAGUCUGGCCAUGGGAAGCACAUGAGGCGUGCUAAGCGGGAGCUUUUGCUGCGAUCCAAAAGAAGGUGGGUUUUGUCUACGAUCGAACUAGUAGAGGAAGAAUCUGUCGUGGGUCGAAAAAAACUUAUUUCACAGAUGCAUAAUGACCAGGUUAAAGAGGAAGCGCAUAACACAAAGUUCCGUAUCAGUGGAAAGGGUGUGGAUGAGGCACCACUGGGCUUGUUCGAAAUCAAUGAAGACACCGGAGAGGUGUUUGUCAAAAGAUCCAUUGACAGAGAGACAGACCCCACUUUCGACUUGAAGUUUCAAAUCUUGCACAGGACGACAGACCUAGAAGUAGACCCUCCACUAUCUAUAAUUGUAGAAAUAGGGGACAUCAAUGACAAUGCACCUAUUUUUAACAAUCUUCCCCUGACUGCCAAUGUAAAGGAACACACAAAAGAGGGGAUCUUGCCAGUGGUGCUGGAUGUUUUUGACAGGGAUCAAGAGGACACGCAAAACUCUGAAGUCACCAUCCGUAUGCUUAAACAGGAACCGGCAGAGCCCAAGAUUGAGUUGGAACAGCUCAAUAACUCAAGGGCCCAGCUCACAUUUAAAGGAUGUUUUGACUACGAUAAAAUCAAGACAUAUAAAGUUACGGUUGAAGCAAAAGAUCAUGGGAAACCAACUUUAUCCUCCACUACUGUUGUUACUCUCAAUGUUGUUGAUACAAACACCCAUCUACCAAAGUUCAAGAAUAAUAAGGUCCAGGGUAAGGUGUGGGAAUCAGUCACCGAAAGGGAUGUCUUGAGAGUCGCAGUAGAAGACAAAGACACUCCUCAAACUCCUGGAUGGCGGGCCAAAUAUUUCCUCGUUGACAAAAAAGAGGAAGAAUACUUCCAAAUUGAAACUGACCCCGUCACAAAUGAGGGUAUUCUGAAUGUCAUUAAGGGGAAGGAUUAUGAGAGGACAAGUUUAAUAACCCUGCUGAUCGGAGUAGAGAACGAAGAACCCCUUUUUGUUUGUGCAGACAAAUCAACCGGCACAGUCACACUUCCACCUAUAGAUAAAGUCAACAUCACAAUAAAAGUGAUGGACCUCAAUGAUGAACCCAAGUUUGAGAAAGAGAAAGUUGAUGUGUACCUAAAGGAAGAGGAGGAGCCGGGGAAGUUGCUGUUCACUCCAAAGGUUACUGAUCCGGACUCUGACUUAGACAAGAUCAGGUUUGUGCUGUUGGAAGAUCCAGCGGAUUGGCUGACCAUCAACGAGUUUACAGGAGAAGUCACAUCGGUGAAGAAAAUGGACAGAGAAUCACCCUUUGUUAAUGAGAAGGGCAUUUACAAAGCAGUCAUCUGCGCCAUUGAUGACGGUGAACCUCCAGCCAACAGUACAUGCCGGCUGCUGAUCCACCUGGGGGAUGUCAAUGACAACACGCCAAAGCUGGCAAGCAAAAGCGUCAUUUUGUGUGGAAACAAGGGCAACAAGGCCAUGGUGCCUGUCAUAGACCCAGAUGAUCCUCCAUACAGUGGGCCCUUUGCCUUUUCUCUGGGAGAUGAUGAUAAAAAUGUGGAGCAGCAAUGGAAACUAGACCCUGCUUUCGGUAUGGAAGGUGGCCUUGUUAGCCUGAAGCCACUUGCUUAUGGCAACUACUCUGUGCCACUGGAGAUUAAGGACCAACAGGGCAUGAGCGCAAAAGAUACCGUAGUAAUGAUAGUGUGCGACUGUGGAGAAACAGACGUUUGCCCAGCCAGAGGGCCGCUCUCAUCCAGCAUCGGGCCUGCUGGUGUUGGAUUGAUUAUUCUGGGAUUGCUCAUAUUUUCGUUGCUGCUACUCCUCUUUAUAUGUAAGUGUGGACAAAGGGCGAUCAAACACAUCCCCAUCCCGGACGAUGAGGGACACCAGACCCUUAUGAAGUACAACGAAGAAGGAGGCGGCGCUUCAAGCACAGCUAUGCCCGCUAUGCCCACUCUGCCCUGGCUACCUUCAAAUGGGGGAACUGUGACAGACAACCUGAAACAGGCCAGCGGGCAGAUCUAUAAAGCGGAUCCUGUCAUGAUCCAGAAUGUGGGUAACUACAAAGCCUCGGGGUCCAUCAUGAGUCAUUCUAACAUGAGCACAAUGGAAACGCAUCAGAGGGACACUCUCAGAACACUUGGAGGGCAGAGCAUGAACUUAUCAAGGAAUCCAAGCAGGAGCAACAGCUACCGGGUACCCAUGCAGGGAGGCUCAACAAGGCACAUGCAGUCUUUCAGCAUGCGGUCAAAUAUAUACCUUCCUGAUCUCAUCGAAAGGAGAAUCCACAUGAUUGAUGGAGACCACAUCGACCACCCGAUGCACGAGCCCUUACACUAUGCCUACGAGGGUCAGGGAAGCCAAUGCCAGUCACUGGAUAAGCUGUCCCUCAGCAACCUGGGAGAUGCUACAGAGUUUCUGAAUGAUUUAGGGCCAAAGUUCAAGACCUUGGGCAACAUCUGUCACCAAACGGCUCAAGACAACAACACACAGAUUUGAGGGGCACAGCUGGAAUAUGAGUUUUACAUCAAGUAAGGCACUCGUCUUUACCCUGCACGCCAGCAUGGCGGUCUGUGUGUGUGUGUGUGUUUGUGUCACACACACACACACAUAGACAGCCAACAACGCAGGGGCGGAUUUUCAUCAAACUUAGAAAUACUACUUGGGAGAGUAUCUCCAGGUGAUUCAUUGUUUAAUGGGGUGUAUACGGUGCAUGUUCAGGGUAAGCAUCGCCCCUUUCAGUGUUUUCCAUUCCUUGUUUGUGACUAUGAUUAAGACCAGGAUGGAUAUUAAUAUAUUUAUAUACCACAAAUUACACAUUUGGUUGAUUUAUGAAAUGAAAAGAAAUAAAUACACGAUCAGAAAAUACACGUUAAAAUAAGCCUCUCCUGCACUGUUUCUGCAGUCCUAAAAUACGUGUUCCUCGUACUGUACCACCUUGGUAUGGUGCCCAAACUUUUGCAAAUGCCCCACUUAGUUUAACUUCUAAUUAUCUUAAAGUUCAUGAAAUAAAAAGUGCAUUAAAAUAAGAAGAUAGGCUUUUUUAAUGUCUGUGUGGUUUAGAAUGUGUCAUUUGCACUGGGGCCCUUAAACCUUUGCACGCAACUGUAUUUUUACAGAUCCAAAUAUUUGAUAGUGACAUGGUAUGAAACAAGUAUUAUGUGGCAUAGGUUGUAGUUUACUUGGUUGAACAUUGAUUCAAUGCACUGAAAUAAUUGUCAUGCUCUGGUGAUUUUGAGACGGUGUAUUUUGACAGUUACUGGGUGUGUUGGCUUUUAUUUUUUUUGGUACUUUACUGCAAUGAGAGUGUUGCAAUGCCUCAGUGCAAACGUGUGUUUCUAUCUCUGGAGGUUUUGUCAGAACAGUAUUAUUUUUGACCGUUUUUUUUACUACAAUAAUAAUAACCUGAUAGGAGGUUAACUGUGGAAACUGGGAAUAGUUAUGGUGCAUGCAAUGUUUUAUUUCUGGAAGUGAUUUCUUUCCAAGAGCACCAUUUUACAAGAGAUUCUUGUUUGUGACGGACCAGCAGAGAUUUGACUGGUUGAAAACAUUGCUGGUCCACAGUGGUACUAUGACCAGAACUGUUGUUGUGGUGUCAAAUUAACACUGUAAAUAUCAUGUGACAAUACAAAGUCAUUGAUUGCUUUAGUUUCUUUCGUGCAUUAUUUUGAAUGAAAUGUAAUGUUUGGAAAUAAAUUUGCCAUUACUAAAAUCAAUGGUGGUGGCAAUCUCUUUUA